UGCACGUAGCGACGUCGGAGUCUAGGGGAGAGCUGCAUGAAGAGAGGGGGACAGACAAAGAGGGAUAAAGAAAUUAAGUUGGAGACCACAGGAAGCACCCGAUAGGAACAGGAGGAACCUGAAUGUGUAAACAACCGCAAGUGACAUCCUCCCGUCUCUCCCCUAGUUCUCUCGUGCACGUAGACACGCUUUACAUGUUCACCAGCCACGCAGUGCCUACUGUAGUUGGGAUUACUUUAACGAUUAUCACUCCCACUACCAAAGAAAGAAGAAAACCGUUUAAGUACACAUAACCAUUUAACAAACAAGUUAUUUUCAAGUAUUCUACUCGCGCUAAAAGACGUCCCCUACCCAUAACCAUACCCAAGACCUCAUUCACCUGCUUAACGAAAUUGAAACAGGCACUUGCUCAGCAGUUCACUUUUUGAAGGAGCCAUACCAUAGUGACACUUUGCCAGUUGCACAUCAAAUGGACCUAUUCCCAAUCGAAUGCAAAGUACAGUAUUAAGGAUAGGGUGCCAAACACUGUGAGUCACUCACCACCAGCCCACUCAUUAAAAUAUUGCCACACAUUCCUUUUUGAAGCCCUAAGUGACAGAACGAGAGAGUGCCCCAGAGCCACUGGCUGCCCCUGCUCCUCCUCCUCCUCACGCCCAACAUGGCCACUCUGACCCAGUCCACCGAGCCCGACAUCCCCGACAAUCACAAGGAGAGCUGGCUGGCCCUGCUCGCCGCGGCGGAGGCCUACAGCCAGAAGUCGGGCUGCGAUCUGACCAUCCUCACCGCCUGCAAGAAGUUCCAGCGGAGCUUGGUGGAGGGAGACGCCACCAGGAAGCAGCAGGGCGCCGGCGGUGGCGGCCUAUCGGCUGCGGGCAGGAAGUGGGAUUACUCCUAUCACGUGUGGGGCCAGGGGGCGCUGGCGGAGGCGUCGCGGCGCUACAUGGAUGACAUCGCCGUGCUGCACUCCACCUCGCUGCUGACGGCUCAGCGGCACACGCGCCUGAUCACCGGAGACGCCGCAGCCAAGCCGGGAGUGGACAUGUCCCCCUCCAACAUGGGGACACGCACGGGCUUGACUGGGGACAGCGGUGUGGAAACGGUCAGCCCCAACUCGCGGCUCUAUUCGCAGAGCUACCCGUCAAUCUACAGCUCGGGGGCCGUGGUUGGUCAGGCCGGCCUGCAGCACGGAAACGGGGAGGGAGAAAGGGAGAGGAUGGCUCUGGAGGAGACGAAAAGGGGAAGAGAGCGGUCCGCAAUCGAGGACCUGGAGGAAGAGGGAGAGGAGGUGGAUGAGGAGGAGGAGGAGGAGGAAGAAGACGACAUGGAAGGACGCGGGCGGAAUCUAAACGAAUCCAUAGUCUCUGGAGUGUUCUCCAUGGACGAGGACUCCAUCUCCAGGGACUGUGAGCCUUUCUUUGAGUCAGAUGGAGAGGAGGAGAGCACUGAUGGGUCUAUGAGCGAGGAAGCGCCCCCUCCAUCCCGCUGCAUGCCGGUGGGUCACGGCAUGAUGGCUGCGCGGCCCCCUCCGCACCCCAUGGCCCUGGCCCGCUCGCUGCCCGUCUCGGUGCCCGUGUGGGGCCCGUAUGGCCGGGGCACCAGGGCUCCCCAGGGGGAGAACAACAGCGGAGAGAGGGCUGGCUGUGCUGACCUGGACCACAUUGCUGCCAGCAUGAAGGCCCUGUUGGCCCCGGGGGCCACCGACGGCACCGAGAUGUUCGGAGCGCUCCCCCGUCCACGCCUCAACACGGGCGACUUCUCUCUCAAACACUGAGACACGUAGAGUAGAAAGAGAGUGUGUAUGUGUGUGUAUGUGUGUGUGUUGGGAGUAUGUGUGUGUGUGUGUGUGUGUGUGUGUGUGUGUGUGUGUGUGUGUGUGUGUGUGUGCAGGGCUCUAAAUUAACCAACCAGGCAACCAGCUAAAUUAAGCGAGCCAGCCAAAUGCUGGUGAAUUUUCAGUUUGUCUGGUCGAAAAUACCAACUUACUAGUCACUUUGACCCAUUAGAAAGUGGAGGUUUGGCUUCUGAUAUGAACAUCUACAAGCCAUUUUGGCUGGUGAUGAAAAAAGUUGAUUUAGAGCCCUGAGUGUGUGUGUUGGGAGUGUGUGUGUGUGUGUGUGUGUGUGCGCAUAAGUGUGUGUGUGUUUGUGUGCAUGUGUGCGCAUAAGUGUGUUUGUGUGCGUGUGUGCGUGCGUGUGUACGCGUGUGUGUGUGUGUUUGUGUGAGUGUAUAAUGAGGAUGCAGAGAAAAGAGUAGGCGCUACAGAAAGUGAAACUGGUGAAGAGCAGUGUAUUACAGAGGCUAUUGUGUUGGUGGAGUAGCAAAGGGUGAGUUUAAAAGUGGUUAAAGGAGCACUAGCAGGAAAUUAGAGAUGAGGAUGAAGAAAAGGACGAGUUGGGGUGGGGGGUGGGAGGAUUUAGAGGAAAAAAAGAAAAAAAAGAUAAUAUGAAGAGUUAGUGUGCUUACUGGUGAGAGUUUGCCACGUUGGAUGGCUGGGUGGGUAAGCUGUGACAUACCUUAAUAACCACAUAAACACUAACCUGGAGAACAUACCGUACAUACACCAGUAUACCACUAACUACAACACAGCAGGCCCCAUGCCAUGACCCCUCUGCUCUGCAUGCAGGCCAAGACACUAAUGUGAGCCCCCCUCAGACACUACACACUGUGACAAAAUCACAAUACAAUCAAUGGAAGACGAGAACCAAUUACCGUAUGUGAUAAUGCCAAACACUAAGUACAAAAAAAAACAAAAAAAAAAAAAAAACGAUGAAGCCUAACGAGGCAACACUCCACUCCACUCCAGCGCAGCAUCCUGAGUUUUAGCGAUCGUUCAGCCUCUUGGAACACAUUCGGAAUUCUCUCACACCAGCACACACAAACACACACGGGAACAUGUUUGCAUGGACAUACGCACAGGGUACACAUGACGCACUCACUUAGAUUCGGGUUUUGACUUGACGUAAGACGAUACAGAUUGUGGGUCUCUGGGGCGUUUUUUGUUUUGUUUUAGUUUUUUUCCCCCCCUCUCCAAACCAGUGGCAAAGCUUUGAUUCGUAAUUACAGGACGAAGGGCUUUCAUACUGACCCAUGGAGCUCAAGGGUAAAUCUGAAUUUGUGAUUGUAGGCCGCUCCACCGUAAAAGGAGUUUUUUUGUUGUUUUUUUUUCUUUCUUUCUUUUGAUAUUUAAAGUUGGGGCAGUGUCCAGGGAUACAAAGCAGCUUUGUUAACAAAAUUUUUAACUGAGUCAUUGACCAGCACAGUUACCAAGCAGAACUAUAUGAAGUAAUAAAGCAAUGAUUUGUGAUUAAAAUAAGACCACAACUAUAAAAAAUACAGCAGUUAUUAUCUACAACACUACAAAAAUUGUGCAUUUCAAGCAGAGAUGCAGUCCAUCUGCAGCAUUUCAAAUUGUUCUGUGUGUCAUACUGAACCGUUUUAAAUAAACCAUCAUUGUUGAAUUUGA